AUGAUGGAGAUAAUUCAAAACAUUAUAUUUGCUAUCCCAUCGUCAGUUUGGGUUGCUUUUAUAUGCGUUGUUGGUGCUUAUAUAUGGGGAACAUGGCCUUACAGGCAACUGAAAAAUCUUGGCAUACCAGGCCCAAAGCCAACUGCCUUUUUUGGCAAUCUUCUCGAUAUGAAGAAAAAGGGAGUUUUUAAGCUGGACCCUGAACUUCUGAGUAAAUAUGGUGAUGUUGUAAGUUUUUAUAUGGGGCGCUAUCCUGGAGUCAUAGUUGCUGACCCAGAAAUGAUCAAACAAAUAAUGGUAAAAGAUUUCUCUGUAUUCACAAACAGAUCAAAUCUUCAGCCAGGUGAUAAAAUAGCUGCAGACAUGGUGCUUAGAGCCCGAGAUGAAAAAUGGAAAUUCUUGCGGACAAUAUUAUCUCCAAACUUUACUUCCAAAAAGAUGCGACAGAUGGUGCCCCUUGUUCACACUGCACUUUCAACUUUGGAAAAAAACUGUGAGACUAAAUCAAAAUCAGGUGAACAAGUUGACAUAAAUGCAUUGUUUGGUGGUUACACAAUGGAUGUGAUUGCUUCAACUUCAUUUGGAAUUGAAGUUGAUUCACAGAAUGAUCCCAACAAUCCUUUUGUCCAAAAUGCCAUGAAAACCAUCCGUACUGACCGCUUUCGAUUUAUAUUUCUCCUAUCAUUUAUCUGCAACCCGCUAUUUAAAUUAUUUGUGCGUAGUACUUAUCUCUUUAAUUCUGUUGUAUCAUCAAGAAAAUUUUUAAUUAACUUUUGUCGGAUGCUUUUGGCUGACAGAAAAGAGAAGAAAAUCCUGGAUAGUAAUGAUUUGCUUCAAAUGAUGAUCAAUACACAAGAAGCACCAAAUGCUUCCAAGGAAACUAACAGAAUUGGUGAUGCAGAACAGAAAAUUUCAAAGCCAACGGACACAAGUUUUAAAAGAAGAAAAAUGACAGACCAAGAGAUUGUGGCACAGUGCUUUAUUUUCUUUCUGGCUGGUUAUGAGACUACAGCUUCAACAUUGUCCUUUAUGGCACACAGUUUGUCUUUGAACCCUGACAUUCAGAAAAAACUAACGCAAGAAAUCAAGGAUAUAUUAGGAGACGAACUUCCUGAUUAUGAUAAUAUCCAAAAACUGCCUUACCUUGACCAGUGUAUGUCAGAAACAUUAAGGAAAUAUCCGAUAGCAACCAGAGUGAUCAGACACACCAGUAGAGACAUCACAAUAAAAAAUUGGCAAAUUCCAAAGGAUACAGAGGUCAUCAUCCCUAUAUAUGGCCUUCACCACAAUCCGAAAUAUUGGCCUGAUCCUCAAAAAUUUGACCCAGAGAGAUUCAGUCCUGAGGCUCAGGAGAAACACACACCUUUCACUUACCUUCCCUUUGGAGGCGGGCCUCGCAUUUGCAUCGGAAUGAGAUUGGCACAGAUGGAACUGAAAAUGGCUAUGGUACAAAUCUUGCGCAAAUUUAAAUUUGUACCUUGUGAGAAAACAGAGGAUGAAAUUGUGUUUAAUAAUUCUCCACUUCUGACUCCCCAAAAUGGAAUUACUCUGAAAAUUGAGAAAAUCUGA